GUAAAGGAUCAAUCGGUAAACGGCCCCUUUAAAUCCCGCCGAUGACGUCAUCGCCUCUGUGUGCUUGCUUUGUUUGUCCGGAGCAGAUCUUCAGAGUGAACCCGGAGAGACGACCGGAGACAGUCCGCCGAACGCCCGCCAGCUCCUCCGUCACUGGGUGGCGUUGUGAGCGGUUAUAAUAAUAACCGCGUUUAUAACCGUGUAAUAACCGCGACAGAGAUGCCGUCCGACAGACCCUUCAAACAAAGGAGGACAUUCGCUGAUCGCUGCAAAGAGGUCCAGCAGAUCCGGGACCAGCACCCCAACAAGAUCCCGGUGAUCAUCGAGAGAUACAAGGGAGAGAAGCAGCUGCCCGUUUUGGACAAAACCAAGUUCCUGGUACCCGACCACGUCAACAUGAGCGAGCUGGUGAAGAUCAUCAGGCGCCGGCUGCAGCUGAACCCCACGCAGGCCUUCUUCCUGCUGGUCAACCAGCACAGCAUGGUGUCCGUGUCCACGGCGAUCUCCCAGAUCUACGAGCAGGAGAGGGACGAGGACGGCUUCCUCUACAUGGUGUACGCCUCGCAGGAGACCUUCGGCUGCUAGGGAGGGAGAGAGGGAGGGGUGGGGGGGUAGUAGAGAGCGAGAGAGGAUCCUCUCCGCUAUGUUACAGGCCCAGGUAGCAGCACCCUGUCAGUCAGAUUACACCCCGCCGCCAUACUUCAGUGCCCUCUUCUCAUUGGUCAGUAGAAAACUAGCAACAAAAAACCUAGAGGACGUCCCGCGUGUCUCCUCGUCCUCGUUAGUCAGACUCGUACCUGCGAGUGUUUUCUGUUCUCCAUUUUUGAAAUUUCCUCUAGUCUUCGUGAUCCCACGCAAGACUCUUAUUUUGAAAGGGUGGAAUGAAACCAGUGCGUGUGCAUGUUGGACAGCGAGUCUUGAGACCACGUGAGUCCAGAGCGGGACUAGAAGGGAAUGAGGUCACUGCUACGGAUUGUCGCUUUUAACUUUUAACUCAUUUUUCUUUUGAAUUCUCUUCAGUUUGAGUCAUUCGUGGACACGUCAGCUGAAAAACUGACAUUUUUACAUGUGCAAUAUGUGUAAGUGAGGUCGUUUCUGCAGAGCGGCUGGUCAAUAAGUAAAUCUCCUGCGUGUUGCUACGGUGGCCCAGAGCAGACAAACCAUACAAGUGUUUGACUUAGCGGCUCGCAGGCCACCGUAGUUCCAUUAGCAUCAAAUCUAUUUAACAGAACGAGUUCAGUCCCUCUAAGAGCACCGUUAACACAACGUGACGGACGUUUCUCUUCUCGUAAAAACACUGCGUUGAACUUCAGCCACGAGUCAGCAGAGCUUUUUCAUUUGGGAAUUCUUUUCACCGUAGCAGACAAACAUCAGAAGUGAAAUGUAUUAAAUGUUUGGAAUAAACAAGCUACUUUUGCACAUAAAUUGAUACAAGUGGCAUAGCUUUUCUUUUUAGGAGUUUGUGUAUAAAACUGAUUCUUUUGUAUCCGUGCGUCACUUUAUAGACAGAAGGUUGAGUGCACUUAACCUGCACGUUUGUCUUUUAUCAUAAAUGUCAAUUGAUUUCCUGCCAUAGAAAUGCAUUGUAAUGUUUUACCCCACAAACCAGAAAAGAAUCUACACGUAGAACAAAGACAUGAGUGUAUAAUCAAGCUUUUCAGAGGUGUGUGUGUGUGUAUAUAAAUAAAUAGAUGCAUUGCUGCAACAUUAUUCAAAGCAUUAGCCAAUAAAUGAAAAGUUGCUGUCAAA